AGUGUAGCCACAUCUGCCCUGGGGCACAGAGACAUUACGUGAAUAAUGCUUCAUUCAUUUCAUUUUCUUUUUAAGAAACGGUCUCUUUAGAAGCUACACGUCGGGGAUCUGCAGGGACAUAAACACAUGUAAACGUGUCAUCAGUAAUAUGGACAAGUGGCGAGUCUUUGCAGGGACUGUGUCUGGGAAUGUUCUUAAUCAGACACAUUCCUUUCAUUCAACCCAACCAAACUGCCAAACUUUUUCUACAAGCUCGGGAACAUCAAAGUCCUCAGGAAGGGGAAGUUUGGGCGUGAUUUUCGAGUCUGGGUGAAACUCCCUUUGAAUCGAGACUAUCGAUGCAGCGCGGCUUUCAACGUGGGCGACAUCGCGCUGAUAAAUGGAGAUGCUGACAGGCAGUCGGGACUUGAUCCGUGAAUAGGAAGGCAGAGGCAUGGAGCAGGAGGACAGCUGCUGGUGCACCUGCGAGGGAGGAGCGGAGGCAGAGGCAGGCUUUCAGUGCCAGAAGGGCUAUCUCAUUCAGCUGCAGAAAGAAAGGCACGGACGACGGAUGGCCCAGUUUGUGGCAGCGGCGCUGCUUCUGCUACUUUGCGGAGUUCUGGCGGUAUUUCUUACGGUCAGACUCGACAGGCCAUGCGACUCAUCUCCUGACAGCCGGGCGGAGCCUAAGACUGACAACCAUUCAUCAGGUGUUACUGAAAAGCUGCUGCAACUGCCAAGUGCAGAGCCUCCAAGCGUCAUGUUGACAGCUCCAGACAGUAACAACACAGUUGGAAAAUAUCUUCUUUGGCAACACGCCCUUGGAGUGGCACACAUUCUAGGAGGAUUUAAUUACUCCAAUGGGAAUCUUGUAGUUCCCAGAAAGGGCCUCUACAGGGUCUUCCUGCAGAUUACGUACGAGAUCGACAGCACAGAGUGUCCAGAUACUGGUGUCCUGAUACUCUCCAACAAUGUGUGUGUCUUCAAAGAUGAUUACAGAGAUGAUCAACCACUCUUGUCGGCCGUGGACACAGUUGUGUGCAGCCAUAGAGUCUUGAAAAAAUCUCUCUUUACAUCCGGCUUAUUUAACUUGGCGGCUAAUGACAUCCUACGUGUAACUUCAUCUCAUCCAAACUACAUAGCUAAGAAUGAACACAAGGUAUUCUUCGGAGCUGAACUUGUCUUUGUCAGAGUCUAACUCUGCAGUUGCUUCAGUAAAGGAUGAACUAAUCAGUGCAGGUUAAUGGCUUACUUUAAAGUCAUCUAUCCACUCAUGCAGCAAUGAGUAGAAUUUUCUCAGCAGCAUAUUUGCUUAAUUUCCAUUUUCUUCUAAUUUUGCUAACAACAGCUGCCUAAACAUUGAUGCAAUUAAGCUACACUAAUCUAAUGUCAUGUAAUUUUUGCAGCAGAUUCUAUGUUGAAUUUCCUGAUAUAUAUUCCAUUUAUUAUAUUACAUAUUAUGCUGGGAAAAUAUUUUUGUAUUCAUACAAAGCAUUUAAUUUAUUCUAAUUUAAUAUAAAUAUAGAUCUGCUCUAUGUUGGACUGGGAUUUGUUUUGUAUUGUUUUUAUAUUAUUUCCUAAUAAUCUGGAGCAUAAAGGUCAUUCACUGGAAACCACAUUGUUAUGAAGCAAGUAACCAAGUAAAACACAGAGGGUGAAUUAUUGCAUUGUGGUUACAAGUAUAUGUGGUGAAUGUCUCAUUAGGAAGUAAUGUUCCCAGAAUGUAGGACAAGUACGGCUUUAUCUAUUUUUAGGCGCAACCAUGUAAAACAAGCCUUAUUUCAUUUUUUUAAACAUGGUCAUCUUGGCCAUCACCAGUUUUCUUCCUAUUAUUAUUUAUUAUUUUAUAAUAGUUUCUAAGGCGAAUCAUUGAAAAUGUAGACUCUGCUGGAGACAGCAAUUUGACCAGGUCAAAUUAGCAGCUGUUACCGAAAGUUUUAAGGUCAGUCAGUGUUUUAGAGCCAAUAUAAAUAGAAAAAGAUGAAGCUUUAAAAGGGCAGAGCUACAUAUGAAACAAUUUGUUUCCUGAAGCCACUUUUCUAAGAAGUUGCCAAAAAUGAUAACAAAUAGAAAGAUCUUAGGCAGACAGUAAUGAAGUGUUUGAAAGGGGGGCUGAUAGAACAGGUAAAGUGUAACAGAAAUAACCAAGAAGUUGUUCCACAAGGAAAGUUACUUUAUGCAAGGCUGGUGUGAUUCUGUAACCUACGAUUCACUGAAAUAAUCCACUCAGGGGGUUUAAUUAGGCACCCUCAAAGAGUUCUAAGCACUACUCCCCAUUUUCACAGUCAACGUGGUAGAAUUGUUAGAGAUCUUAACAUAAUCUGAUCUUAAAUAGACCAAACUAAUUAAAGUACAGUUUUUGCUUUCCUGCUAUCUGCCUGCAGAGGACUGUCUCAGAAGCCCUGAGAGAUCAGAGGAUUUUUCUAACACUGAUGAUGGAAAGAAAAACUGACAUGUUUGAAAUGUUUUAAACUUAAAGGAGGUGUUCUGUGGAAACAUUUAGCCAACGUUCUGUCUGCUGCCUGUUUUGAUCUAGGGAUGGAAUCACCACAUUGAUGCACGGUUCUGUAAAUCUUGAUGUGUAUUAGAAACCUGUUGAAAUAUUUAUUUGGCUUUUUACCUUGUUGUAAUUUUUCCAUUAUUUUUCCAUAGCAGCUGAUGCUUUGUAAUGUGCUAAAAAAGGCGUUUGCUGAUACCUAAUUGUUGAAAUCAUGGCUCGUAGCCAGUUCCUUUUUUCUCAAAUACAUGCUGUGACUGUUCCUUGUUAGACUACAAUUCCCAUUUGUGAACUCCAUAGUUGUGGGCAAUGUUGGUCGGGGUUUCUGCAAUAAAAAUUAAUUCUAAAAACA